CCCCCCCCCCCCGCCCCCACCCGCCGGAGCCCCCAUGGCCGCCGCCCCGGGACACGCCCCGGCCCUCAGCGCCCAGCAGGCUAAGGCCGUCCUGGCGGAGGUGAUCGAGGCCUUCGCCGCCCCCGAGAACGCCGUCCGCAUGGACGAGGCCCGCGACAACGCCUGCAACGACAUGGGCAAGAUGCUGCAGUUCGUGCUGCCCGUCGCCACGCAGAUCCAGCAGGAGGUCAUCAAGGCCUACGGCUUCAGCGGGGACGGAGAAGGAGUGCUCAAGUUCGCUCGGCUGGUGAAGUCGUACGAGGCCCAGGACCCGGAGAUCGCCAGCUUGGCGGCGCGGCUGAAGGCCUUGUUCCUGCCCCCGAUGACCCUGCCCCCGCCGCCCCCGCCGCCCCCGCCGCCGCCGCACGGGAGCGGGGCCACCGGGGCCACCGGCAGCGUCGCCGCCUCCUGACCCGACCCGACCCGACCCGACCCGGGGCCCGGCGGGCCGGGGGAAGGGGCCCGGAUAAUAAACGCGCCUGUCGCUUGGUC